AUGCUUAAAACGAAGCUGCCCGUGAGAACCGCGGAGGCAGGAGAUGAUACGGCGGAGGAACAGCCGGAUCUCCAUAUUCCCAGAUCGGUCUCUCCCACGAUCUCCGACAGGCUCGAAGAUUCAUCCAGACACCCAGGAUAUCCAUCUCAAUUGGACAAAGAGACCGUUUUCGAGUGGUUUGGUUUGCAUCUAAAUCCUGCCAAGCGGAUCGAGUUCAUGUGCGGACUGCUGCAUAUGUGCCAGCCGCUCGAACUCCGGUUUUUGGGCUCCUGUCUGGAAGACUUGGCACGGAAAGAUUACCCAAUUCUACGGGAUGUCGAGAUCAGGGCGAACUGUCCGAAUGAUUUGGGCAUUUUAUCUGAUGUUAUCGACCCGGUGGUGCGCUCCAAACUGCUGGUCUGCUUAUCUCUUCUGCGAUCUGACAGCAAGGAGUGUGCGGGAAUACUAUUUCAGAUAUUGAACCAUAUGGAUCCCUCCUUGUUCUACAAAAACUAUCCCGGUUAUUCUGUUUCUCCUUCAGGGACCCGUUCCAUCCUUCGCGUGUGGACGGGAAAACGUUCAGGAGAACAGAGCAUAUUUGCGGGCGUCCAAUAG